AUGGAGCCUGCGGCUUCCCUGCGCGUCUCCCUGCCGGACCCCCUGCUCUUCUUCCCGCUCCUCGGCCUGUCGGCGCUGGUCUCAGCCCAGUUUACAGUCGUGGGACCGGAUGAGCCCAUCCUGGCCAUGGUGGGAGAACGCACCGCGCUCCCCUGCCACCUGUCGCCUGAGCAAAGCGCGGAGGACAUGGAGGUGCGGUGGUGCCGGGCUCGGCUCUCCCCGGCGGUGCUGGUGUACGUGGGCGGGCGCGAGCGGCCCGAGGAGCAGAUGGCACAGUACCGCGGACGGACCACCUUUGUGAGCGGGGACAUUAGCCAGGGGAGGGUGGCCCUCGUCAUUCACAACGUCACAGCCCACGACGACGGCGUCUACCGCUGCUACUUCCAGCGAGGCAGGUCCUACGACGAGGCCGCCAUGCGCCUGGUGGUGGCAGGCCUGGGCUCCACGCCCCUCAUUGAGAUGAAGGGCCAUGAGGAUGAGGGCAUCCGACUGGAAUGCACGUCGGAAGGGUGGUACCCCGAGCCCCACGCAGUGUGGAGGGACCCGUAUGGUGAGGUCACACCCGCCCUGGAGGAGGCUUACGCCCAGGAUGCUGACGGCCUCUUCAGGGUCACCUUGUCCGUGAUUAUCGCGGACAGCUCCGUGAGGAACAUGUCCUGCUCCGUCAACAACACGCUGCUCGGCCAGGAGAAGGACUCUGUGAUCUUCAUUCCAGAACCCUUGAUCCCCAGCUCGUCUCCCUUCCCCUGGAUGGGGGCCCUGGCUGUCGUCCUGCCUGCUCUGCUCCUCCUCAUCGUCAUCCUCGGCAGCAUCUGUCUCGUCAGGAAACUCCGAAGGAGAAAAGAAGCUCUGUCCCUGGAAAAAGAUCUUGAAAAUAAAGAGAAAGAGAUGGCACAGCAACUUCAAGAAGAAUUGCGAUGGAGAAGAGGCCUCCUACACGCGGCCGACGUGGUCCUGGACCCCGAGACGGCGCACCCCGAGCUCUUCCUGUCCGAGGACCGGCGGAGCGUGCGGCGGGGGCCCUGGCGGCAGAGCCUGCCCGACACCCCCGCCAGGUUCGACUGCCGGCCCUGCGUGCUGGGCGCCCCGCGCCUCGCGGCCGGGCGGCACUGCUGGGAGGUGGCGGUGGAGCGCGUCAUGGGCUGGUCCGUGGGCGUGUGCGCGGAGGGCGCGGAGAGGCGCGGCGAGGCCCCGCUGGCCCCCGAGCACGGCUUCUGGGCCCUGGAGAUGUUCGAGGGCCGGUACCGGGCGCUGGCCUCGCCCGAGCGGGUGCUGCCCGUGCGGGAGCGCCUCCGCCGCGUGGCCGUGUUCCUGGACUACGAGGCCGGGGACGUGUCCUUCUACAACACGCGGGACCGCUCGCACCUCUACAGCUGCCCCCGCGCGCGCUUCUCGGGGCCCCUGCGCCCCUUCUUCAGGCUGGGCUCCGACGACGGCGCCCUGUCCGUCUGCCCCGCGUUCACGGGGGCCCGGGGCGUCCCGGUGCCCGAGGGCGGCCUGGUCCUUCACAGGGCGGGGGCCCAGCGCAGCCUCCAGUUCCCUGGUCUCCUCCGAGGAGAGUAG